AUGAGCUCUGCUGAUGGUGGUUCUGCUGGAACAGAACCUACCACCGUAGCUGAGGCUGCUACGGCACCUACAACUGAACAGCAAGCGACAGUCACAGAAGAAAGCAAACCAGAGGUCAACCAACAGCCUACCAUAAUCAUACCAUCAGAUAAAGAAGUAACAGUCAAGGAAAAAACAGCUGAACCGCAAUAUUCACCGGCUUCCGAUGCGUUUCGGACCAGAGCACCGUCAGAGGCUGCCUCAUCAGUGAGUGACCAAGAUGAUAGUUCGGAGAAGCGAAGGCGACGUUCCACGAGGGACAUCAAGCGGCCAAAAUUCGAUGAUGAGCUAGUGGACAGUGGUGUAGCGAAACUACUUUCACCCAGGGUGAGUUUUCAGUCAUAAAG